CCCAAUCAAAUUUUUUUUUAAAAUUUUAAAUCCAGUAUAGGAUGACAACAGUAUCGAUGCGUCUGGAAAUCCUUUAAGGAAUAUGACGAGUCUUCAUCGAAGCAAGCAAGAUCGAGAAAGGGAAUUAAAAAAUAGGUUUAUAUUCUUAUUCUAAAGCAGAGUGAUAAAGCAAACCCCCCCUAGCGGAUCCCACGUUUUUGAAGGCAUCUGGAGGGCAGGCGAGGUGUGCUGGCCAGUGGGGUGGACUCCUAGUAUCUCCUUCUCCAAUGAAAGCCUCCCAUCAAAAUGGAAAAAUUCAAAGAAGGCAAAGCACCUGAAGCUGGCACUCUCAGAGUAUAACCUGUUGUACUGCAGCUGUACUGUCCAGAAAGAAGGCCAACAAACACUCCGGACUCCCAGCUUGAGGCGAGGUGACAAAUUUGACUUCUUCACAGGCCGGUGGUGCGGCACUCUCCAGACGUGGAAAUGUUUCCAGUCAUAUCCCUUUUGUGUGCCACUGUUGCCAGUGUGCCCAGAUUGUGCUGCAGGAGGAGGUCAGAUGUCUGCUUGCUCUGGCUAUCGAGCCUGGUUUUGAGACUCAUCCUCACAUCUUGUCAGAAGGGUGAAGCUAGCACUGGUGGAAAGUAUCCCGUGGUGACAACAAACUAUGGCAAACUACGUGGAAUCAAGAAGGAUCUCAAUAAUGAGAUCUUGGGGCCAGUGGAACAGUACCUAGGAGUGCCUUAUGCUACUCCGCCAGUGGGUGAAAGACGGUUUCAGCCUCCAGAGGCUCCUGGGUCCUGGUCAGAAGUGCGAAAUGCCACCCAGUUUGCCCCUGUUUGCCCUCAGAACAUCCAUGGGGUACUGCCUGAGAUAAUGCUUCCUGUGUGGUUUACGGAUAAUCUGGAAAUAGUGGCGGGCUAUGUCCAGAAUCAAAGUGAGGACUGCCUCUACUUAAACAUUUAUGUGCCAACCGAAGACGGUCCGCUCACAAAAAAACACGACGAAUCCACGAUCAACAGCCCCCGAGACGAAGAUAUCCGGGACAGAAGGAAGAAGCCUGUUAUGCUCUUCAUUCAUGGCGGCUCUUAUAUGGAAGGGACAGGAAACAUGUUUGAUGCCAGUGUGCUGGCCGCCUAUGGAAACGUCAUUGUCGUCACUAUGAACUACCGCCUGGGUGUGCUUGGGUUCCUAAGUACUGGAGACCAGGCUGCAAAGGGCAACUAUGGCCUAAUGGAUCAAAUUCAGGCCUUACGAUGGCUGAAUGAGAACAUUGGACAUUUUGGGGGUGACCCAGAGCGCAUCACCAUUUUUGGAUCGGGGGCUGGAGCUUCAUGUGUCAAUCUGCUCAUCCUGUCCCAUCACUCUGAAGGUCUGCUCCAGCGUGCCAUUGCCCAGAGUGGAUCCGCCAUCUCCAGUUGGUCAGUCAAUUAUCAGCCUCUCAAGUACACCAAAAGCCUAGCAAGGAAGGUUGGUUGUAACUUACCAGACACGACCGACCUGAUCGAGUGUUUGCGGAAGAAAUCGUACCGGGAGCUGGUGGACCAGGAUAUCCAGCCUGCCCGUUACCAUAUAGCUUUUGGUCCAGUGGUGGAUGGGGACAUGGUAACCGAUGAUCCAGAGAUCCUAAUGGAGCAGGGGGAAUUUCUGAAUUAUGACCUCCUUAUUGGUGUCAAUCAAGGAGAAGGCCUGAAGUUUGUCGAUGAUGGAGGAACAGAAAAUGAAGAUGGGAUCUCCGCAGCGGCAUUCGAUUACACCAUCUCCAACUUUGUCGACAACCUUUAUGGUUAUCCUGAAGGCAAAGACAUCUUACGUGAAACGAUCAAGUUCAUGUAUACGGACUGGGCCGACAGAGACAAUGGGGAGAUGAGACGGAAGACGUUGCUUGCUCUCUUUACUGACCACCAGUGGGUGGCACCAGCAGUUGCCACAGCUAAGCUACAUGCCGACUACCAGUCGCCCGUCUACUUUUACACCUUCUACCACCACUGCCAAACUGAGGGCCGGCCCGAGUGGGCAGACGCAGCCCAUGGUGACGAGAUCCCUUAUGUGUUUGGAAUUCCUAUGAUCGGAGCCACGGACCUCUUCCCCUGCAACUUCUCCAAGAAUGACGUGAUGCUAAGUGCUGUGGUCAUGACCUACUGGACCAACUUCGCUAAAACUGGGGAUCCCAACCUCCCUGUGCCUCAGGACACCAAGUUCAUCCACACCAAGCCAAACCGUUUCGAGGAGGUCAUCUGGACAAAGUUUAACUCCAAGGACAAACAGUAUCUCCAUAUUGGGCUGAAGCCCAGGGUGCGAGAUAACUAUCGUGCCAACAAGGUGGCCUUCUGGCUAGAGCUGGUCCCACACCUUCAUAACCUCAAUGAUGGCACUUACACCUCCACCACCCCACGCAUUCCAACGGGCACCAGGCCGACAUGGAUUAAAGGCCCCAGCUCCAGCCGACACCCCUACCCAACGCUGCCCAACGAUGACGACGAUAGGCCGGACCGUCCUCCCUACCUGCAGUUCCCCGGGGACACUCGAGAUUACUCCACAGAGCUCAGCGUGACAGUGGCUGUGGGCGCCUCGCUGCUCUUCCUCAACAUCCUGGCCUUCGCUGCCCUCUACUACAAGCGGGAUAAGAGGCACGAACUGCGGCGGCGCCUAAGCCCCCAGAGGAACCCGGCCAACGAUCUCGCCCACAGCCAGGAGGAAGAGAUCAUGUCCCUGCAGAUCAAGCACUCGGAGCACGAGACCCACGACUUGGAGCCUCUGCGGCCCCACGAGAUCCUACGACCUGCCUGCCCCCCGGAUUAUACGCUGGCACUGCGUAGAGCACCUGAUGACGUGCCUCUAAUGACUCCCAACACAAUCACCAUGAUACCAAGCACUAUCACUGGCAUGCAGCCUCUCCAUGCGUUUAAUACUUACCCUGCCACUGGGCAUAAUAACACCCUCCCGCACCCGCACUCCACGACCAGGGUAUAGCCACUAGACUCCGACUUCAGAGACCCUUUGUUUCGUAUUCUGGAGGAUAUGUACAGGACCGCCUUUUUUAUCUGCAGACCAAAGCAGAUCUUUUCUGCUUUUUCUGGAACUUCUUUUUUUGAUUUUCCGUUUUGGUUUUUUUUGGUUUUUUUUGGCCAUAUAAAUUUUAAUUUUUUUCUUUCUCCCUGGUUAUACGUAUCACUCCCCACCCCCCCGACCCCUGUAUCCAUUAUGUUUUUGAGGCCAGACCAGAUGAAAGAAAUAUUUUUGAAAAAAAAAUAUAUAUAAGGGAUCUAAACAAACAAACAAAAAAAAAACAUUGUGCUAGUGUUUGACAAAGGUUUUGACUUGUGCAUGUUUGCCAAAAAACAAGAUAAAAAACAAGAAUUUUGUAAAAAAAAAUAAUAAUAAUAUUGAAGAGAUGCAUUUGGUAUCACCCGCUUUGUCUCCUUCUAGGUAAAGGCUUGUUAGGGACUGCAGCAGGAAACCCUUAUCUAAUUCUAAUUGCCCCCACAUUCUUUGGUGUUUUAGCUUUUCGUUUUUAAUCUUGUGCAUUGUUUUUUAUUCAUUUUAUUCUCUUUUUUUCAGUUUCAGCAGCUACCUGUCUAUCACAGACUGUUUUUUUUUUCCAGAUUUGAGUUAAUUGGGCCCAAAAAUACACGGUAAAGGCGAGCCUAUCAUUUGGAUAGACUAGCAUUCUUGGUGCCAAGGAUUUUCAUUCUAGCCUUUACUUUUUUUCUGGGAAUGGUGUGUAGGGGGUG